AUGGUGCUUGUUUUAUGGUCACCUGUUGUGAUUCCAUUGCUUCCAACACUUCUCCAGAGCUGGUCCACAAGUACUCCAUCUAGAGUAGCGGAACUAGCUACUGUAGUUGGGCUCUAUGUUGCUGUUUUCAUUCUUGUUAUGCUGUGGGGAAAGAGAGUACGAAAGUAUGAAAAUCCAUUCACGCAAUAUGGGCUUGAUUUCAAGGCAUCACCCAAAAAACAGAUUCUAGGGUUUUUGAAGGCCUUAGCAGGAGGCAUCACAGUGGUUCUAGUAAUACAGCUCAUAAAUACAAUAUUGGGAGCUGCCAUUUUAUCUCGGCCGCCUUACCUUCCACAUCCUUAUGAUGCCAUGAAGCUGCUCAAGGGAAGCGCGCAGCUGCUUCUGCUGUCAUGGAUGCCUAACGAGAUUGCUAUAGAUAUGGGAUACCAUCAAAGCAUUAUCAUUACAGGGCUCGUAUUUGCCUUGUUCCAGAGAUCCCUGAGAUCAAUUCCAGGGUUAUGGCUUCUGCCGUUGGCGCUGGCAGGGGCUCGUGAGAGAAGCCAAGGGAAUCUGAUAGUGCCAAUUGGGUUGCGAACAGGAAUGAUAGCAGCAAGCUUUGUACUACACACUGGUGGAUUCCUCACGUACAACCCGAGUUCACCGGUUUGGACUGCAGGGAAACGUCCGUUACAGCCUUUUAGCGGAGUGGUCGGUCUUGGGGUCGCUUUUGCGCUAGCACUCGUUCUUUAUCCAAGACCUUCUCCAGAAACCAAGAUACAGAAAUCUAAUUAA